AUGAUCGGCGAUGCUCAGACAAUCACUGGGUACUUCGAAAGAGCACAAGUUGCUAAAACAAUGGUCGACGACGGUCGAUGGAGUGAAGCCGGAGACUUGCUUCGACAGCUUCUGACAGAUGUUAGAAGCUACAAAAUAUCGACGAGUAACAGAGAAGACGUCGAAUCGAAAAAUGUAAGCAAGUUGUUUUUCCUUCAUUAUAUGAGUUUUUUGCAGGCCUUCUUGAAAGCGCUAGAAGCCAGUAUGAAAUUGGUACUUCAAAACGCCCGGGACGAAGAUGAGCUUCACGACGCCAUGACAAGACAAAGUGGCAGUCCAGAACCUCCGGCGGAUCCAGAUGUGUGGUCAAAACCAUCUCCUCCACUUCCAACAUCUAGCAAGUACAAUGCAAAGAAAGGCGGAACUGUGCCUAAAACCCAACCAUCAAAAUCUGCCUCAUCAGCGGCUAGUUAUGCUCCAAGUGCAGCUGACACAAAACCGGCAAAUCCUUCGCAAGGAAUCCUCCCACCAAACAGCGCUGGAGAAUCAUUUGAUGCUUCAUCGUAUGAUUCGUACAUUGUUCAAGCAGUCCGAGGAACGAUGGCGACACAGACAGAAAACACGAUGUCAUUGGAUGAUAUUAUUGGGAUGCACGAUGUCAAACAAGUUCUUCAUGAAGCCGUCACACUUCCUCUGCUAGUUCCCGAAUUCUUCCGAGGGCUUCGAUCGCCGUGGAAAGCCAUGGUUCUCGCUGGACCUCCCGGAACAGGAAAAACGCUCAUUGCACGUGCCAUCGCCUCCGAAUCGAGCUCGACGUUCUUCACUGUAUCAUCAACCGACUUAUCGAGUAAAUGGCGAGGCGACUCCGAGAAGAUUGUUCGCUUAUUGUUCGAACUUGCUCGUUUUUAUGCUCCUUCAAUCAUUUUCAUUGAUGAGAUCGACACUCUUGGAGGACAAAGAGGAAAUUCUGGAGAACAUGAGGCUAGUAGACGUGUGAAGUCUGAAUUCUUAGUUCAAAUGGACGGCGCACAGCAUAAGUUCGAUGAACGCCGUGUCUUUGUUCUUGCGGCCACCAACAUUCCAUGGGAGCUGGACGAAGCACUCCGACGACGAUUCGAAAAGAGAAUUUUCAUUCCACUCCCAGAUCUCGAUGCACGAAAGAAGCUCAUUGAAACAUCGAUGAUGGGGACACCACAAUCGAAUGAAAUCAAUUAUGACGAAUUAGCGGCGAAAACUGAAGGAUUCUCAGGAGCUGACGUCGUUUCGUUGUGCAGAACAGCAGCUAUCAAUGUUCUUCGAAGAUAUGAUACGAAAUCCCUGAGAGGCGGAGAACUCACAGCAGCGAUGGAAUCGCUUAAAACGGAGCCAGUCCGGAAUUGUGACUUCGAAGCAGCUCUACAAGCAGUCUCCUCUAGUGUCGAUCCCGAUACAAUGCUCAAGUGCAAAGAAUGGUGUGACUCAUUUGGUGCUAUGUAA